CGCGGCCGCCUUCAGCGCAGCAGCGCCAGGAGGGGGUGGGGAAGGAGCGAGCGAGCGAGACGGGCGGAGGAGAGUUGCUCUGUGCCGCCGCCGCCGCCGAGACCGCGAGGGCGGAUCGCUUGCCCGCCGAGCUCGCCCUGGCCUUGCUCGCCCGCCCCCUCCGGCGGGUGGCCCCGGCCUGGAGGAUGAGGCGGCGCGGAGGAGCCCCAGCCGGGCCUCGCUGUGAUACGUGAGAAGAUGCCAGCGACAAGCUUUCGGGAAGACCUGCCUACAGAUCGCAGGCCUGCUCUGUUCUAAAAAGAAGAAGAAUAAUUGCCGCAGCCCGUACUGUGAUGGACCCUCAGAAUACUGCUAUGUUAGGGCUGGGUUCCGGCUCUGAAGGGUUUUCUGGGAAAAGCCCCUCUGCGGUUGGCGCAGGUGCGACUGGAGGCAGGAGGGAGGCAGAGGUAGAUGGUAGCGCGAAGGAGGAGGAAGAGAAGAAGAGGAGCCGCGAGGGGAGCGCUGGCGACGAGGCUGGCAAGGAUGAGGGCGCGGCGGAUGCCCAGCAGCAGUUUUCUGUGAAGGAGACAAACUUUUCGGAGGGGAAUUUAAAACUGAAAAUUGGCCUCCAGGCUAAGAGAACUAAGAAACCCCCCAAGAACCUGGAAAAUUAUGUCUGCCGGCCUGCCAUAAAAACCACUAUCAAGCAACCCAGGAAGGUGCCGAAGGUGGGGAAGAUGACGGAUGAGAAGAGCGACCCCAGUCCUCCGCAGCCUGAUCCAUCCAAGCUGUAUAAAAAGGGUGGAGAAGCUCCCGGAUUGGUUGAGAAUUCCACAAGUGAAGGCAGAACGAGGGAGAGCAGCCCAUUUUCGAAGAAACUUUCGCCACUGCAUUCUGAAGUGACAGAAUAUGCAAAGUCAGCACUCUCCACUCCAGUCAGUAGUCGCGAUCCAGACCCAAAGGACAGAGCUCAGAUUAACGGCACACCGACAGUAACAGAAAAACUGGCUCAUCUUAUUGCAACUUGCCCUCCAUCAAAGUCUUCCAAAACAAAGCAAAAGAAGCCACCCACUGGAAUCGCUUCCGGAUUUGCUAAAGAUUCUGGAAAGAAGCUGGCAACAGUCGGGACUGCGACCGCUUCCAUUUCCAAGGACUUUGUAAAGAAACAGCCUGGAUGCAGCAGUAUGGGUGUUGCUUUGGUCAACAAGGAGUUUGCAAAGAAAUCACCAGGGACUAGUAACAGCACUGGGCUAAUUGGCAAGGACUCCGGGAGCAAAAAACCGCCAGGGCCAUGUCCUGGUAUGGUUGGGCUAGUUAGUAAGGAUUGUGGGAAGAAGCUACCAGUUCUCACCUCUCCAGUGGGACUGGUCAGCAAGGAAAGUGUCAGAAGGCCACUUGUGACGGGCAUGUCAGUUGGGCCAGUGAGCAAAGAGUCUGGGAAAAGACUGCUGGGAACUAGUAGUCCAAUUGGAUUGGUGAACAAGGAUUCUGGGAAAAAGCUAGGCCUUGUCAGCCCUCCUGGACUGAUUAACAAAGAGCCUGGGAAAAAGUUCCCAGUCCCUUGCAGUCCAAUUAGAUUGUUUAAUAAGGAUGCUGGGAAGAAACAGCUGGGGGCAGAUGGGCAAACUGGAUUGAUUAGCAAGGACUCUGGGAAGAAAUUACCAGGGUUUGGUGCUUCAAGCGGAUUGGUUAACAAAGACUCUGGAAAGAAGCCAUUGGGUGCUAAUAGCCCAAUCGGGUUGAUUACUAAAGAGUCUGGGAAGAAGCCAUUGGGGGUUGGCAUUCCAGCUACUUUGACUGCUAAGGACUCUGGGAAGAAGUUGGCCGGGGCCAGCAGUUUGUGUGGGCUGGCUAAUAAAGAUUUGGGAACUCUGAAGGCUGACGCCGCUAGCCCUUCCUCGGAGCCCUUCAAGCGGUGUUGUGGCGCAAGCCUCACACGUCUCGAAAGUCCUGCGCCUCCAGGCCUUUUGAAGGACAAUGUCGGCAGUAAACCUUUUGAGAAACAUGUUGCAAGACAGAGCAAGGAGAGCCUUCCCGAAAAGCUGCCGGUGCAGAAAGACGCCCCAGGAGGAGUCAAGGAUGGGGGCUGCAUUCAGCAGGACAGCUCUGCUGCCAGUGAAAGGGGCGCUUCUGAAGCACCUAAGCAUGAUAAACAGCUGCCUGUGUAUUGCACUUCCCCCGACUUCAGGACAUCGGGAGGCGCUUCCGAUGUAUCCACGGCCAAAUCUCCAUUUAGUGCUGUAGGGGAGGGGGGCCUCCCAUCUCCCUCCCCAGCUGCAUCGGUCACCACUUUAACCCGUAGCCCCACAUCAACCUUGGCUCAGUUAGCCUCCAACCCGCUGCAUUUAAAUAACACGCCUGAGCUCUUAGAAGGAAUUUCCGAGCAGAUUAGCAAGACCCCAUUUGCCUCUGAUGGCGCACGCUCGAGCAUGAGCAGGCCGUUGAAUCCUGGCUCGCAUGCUCCCGGCAAAGGGGCAGGCAGGGAAGCGAACCAUUCCGGCGCUGCGCACCCGGACGACCCCAAGCCGAACCCCGCGGUGAGCAAAAAGCCAGUGCUGGUGCCGGAAUCCGGCAUCCGUCCCUCCACGGCCCCUUCGGUGGUGAGCUUCUCCAGCUUGUUUAACAGCAAGCCCUUCCUCAAGAUCGGUUCCAUGACUUCCUCUGGAAAGUCAUGCCAAGGAGUGGACUCCCUGAGCAGCACCAGUGGGGGCUCCCAAGCGAAGCCCUUGAAGAAGAGGAAAGGGCGGAAGCCGCGCUGGACGAAGGUGGUCUCGAGGAGCAGCUGCCGACCUUCCAAAGGCCUAGAAUUAGGAAGGCCUGAGCUUUUCAGAAACCUUUCCUGCAGCACACUGUCCAGCAGUUGCCUGGACCAGGCCAAGCUCUUUAAAAGCACAGGGCCGCCCCCCUUUGCAGAGCAUGAAUUUGUCAAACGCCAUUUGCCAAAGUUGAGUAAGUCCAGCAGCAUGCAGCCUCUUACUCUGCUGAACAGUGUUGAGAAGGAGCCCAGUAAAUUUUACAGUGCCCACAUGCAGGCUUCCGUCGGGUGCAUUUCAGGUGAUUUGUUACCUGAAAGGUACAAGUCCAAAAGGGGCAGGUCAAAAUCCAAAGAGAUGCCCCACCUGGAAGGCCCCCCAAAACGGACCCUGAAGAUCCCUGCCUCCAAGGUCUUCUCCGUGCAGUCGAAGGAAGAGCAAGAGCCUCCAGUGUUGCAUCCGGAAGUUGAGAUUCCCUCUCUUCGGCAGAGCCUUGCGGAGCAAGCUUUCCCAAAGAAGAGGGGCCGGCCAAAAAGACAAAUCCGGUCAGGGGUCAAGAUGGCACCUCCUGUCCUCUCCAUGGCACCUUUCGUCACUGCGGACAGCUCUGACAAACUGGAGUCUGAGAGCGACCAGCAGCAGAGUGGGGAUUUCCUUGACCGGCCGAGCCAGCUAGAAGGCCCCGAGGAGCUUGGGAAAACAAGUACCUGCAGCAUGACCGACCGGGAGGGGGAAUCGGACCGAAAGGAGACCAAACGCAACAAUGGGCAGCUCAUGAAAACCAUCAUCCGAAAAAUCAACAAGAUGAAGACAUUAAAAAGGAAGAAGCUCUUGAAUCAGAUCCUCUCAUCGACUGCGUCAGAGCCAAAUAAGGGGAAAGUGCAAUCCAAGUUCCACACCACGGUGUCGACCUUCGCCGCCACGUUUGGUUCCAAACUAGGCCAGCAGAUCAAUGUCAGCAAGAAAGGGACGAUCUACAUAGGAAAGCGGAGAGGCCGGAAGCCGAAAGCUGUCCUGAAUGGUAUCUUGGCCGCCAGUCCCGCCAGCUUAACUGUUCUCGAAAAGUCUGCCCAGCAGGCCGCAGGGACAGGGCUCGGACAAGCAGUACCCCCGUUGCUUCCUUCGGCCACAAGUAACCCUGAAGUUCUUCCCUCACCUGUUUGUUCGCAGUCUUCUGGAGUGAGUGGGGGGCAAAGCCCCGUCAGCAGUGACAUGGGCUUUGUGGAACCGACCUCGGUGCCGUACCUGCACCUCCACUCCAGGCCGGGGAGUGUGCUUCAGACCCUGGCUAUGAGGAAGGCGUCCAGAGCCAGGCGGAGACUCUCCCCACCGACACUCCUCCCCAACUCCCCGUCCCACAUGAGCGAGCUCAGCUCGUUGAAGGAAGCCACCCCGUCGCCCAUCAGCGAAUCCCACAGCGACGAGACGAUUCCCAGCGACAGUGGGAUCGGGACCGACAACAACAGCACUUCCGACAGGGCAGAAAAGUUCUGUGGACCAAAAAAGCGCCGGCACUCGUUCGACCACGUCUCCCUCAUGCCCCCCGAAACCUCGACGGUCCUGAGCAGCCUCAAGGAAAAGCACAAGCACAAGUGCAAGCGCCGGAGCCAUGACUACUUGGCCUACGACAAAAUGAAGAGACAGAAGCGGAAGAGGAAGAAGAAGUACCCGCAGCUGCGGGGCAGGCAGGACCCCGGGUUCCUGGCAGAGCUGGAGGAGCUGAUCAGUCGCCUGAGCGAGAUCCGGAUCACGCACCGGAGCCACCACUUCAUCCCCCGGGACUUGCUGCCCACCAUUUUCCGCAUCAAUUUCAACAGCUUCUACACCCACCCCACUUUCCCUUUGGACCCCUUGCACUACAUCCGGAAGCCUGACCUGAAGAAGAAGAGAGGCCGGCCCCCGAAAAUGCGAGAGGCGAUGGCGGAAAUGCCCUUCAUGCACAGCCUCAGUUUCCCCCUCUCCAGUACUGGAUUCUACCCCUCCUACAGUAUGCCUUACUCUCCUUCCCCCCUGGCGGCAGCCCCCAUUGGCUUGGGCUACUACGGGCGGUACCCCCCGACCCUCUACCCCCCUCCGCCGUCCCCUUCCUUCACCGCCCCGCUGCCCCCUCCCUCCUACAUGCACACCGGCCACCUGCUCCUCAACCCGGCCAAGUACCACAAGAAGAAACACAAGCUGCUGCGCCAGGAGGCCUUCCUCACGGCCAGCCGGGCCCCCCUCCUCUCCAUGAGCACCUACCACCCCAGCGUCCCGCCCGAGAUGGCGUACGGCUGGAUGCUCGAGCACAAGCACCGGCACCGGCACAAGCACCGGGAGCACCGCUCCGCGGAGCAGCCCCAGGUUUCCAUCGACCCCCUGGCGCCCAGCGGCCCCUCCCGGACCGUCCUGGAGUCCUUGAAGCGCUACCGGUUUGGGAAGGAGGCCGCCGGCGACAGGUACAAGCAUAAGGAGAAGCACCGGUGCCAUAUGUCCUACCCUCACCUGUCCCCUUCGAAAGGCCUGCUGGGCAGGGAGGAGCAGUGGGUCCGGAGGGAGCCGGCGGAGUCCAGCUCCCUUGCCCUGGGAUUACAGACCCCGCUGCAGAUAGACUGCUCCGAUGCUCCUCCCAGCCUGCCCUUGGGGAAGUUCACUCCGAGCGCCGAGCCGGCCAGCGGUGACGAACACACAAACCUUUUCACCAGUGCAAUAGGCAGCUGCCGGGUUGCGGGCUCUGCCAGUACCGGCGGGCGUAAAAAACUGUCCGAUGGCUCAGGACUCUUCAGCCCCCAGGAGGGGUCUCUAGGCCGGCCCCUCCGAAAGGAGACAUUGCCCCCCGUGGAGAAGACGGUGGCAGUCCUGCCAGGGACACUUCCAGCGCAGGACAAACUCGUGCAGAGGUCAGCAGAGGGCACAAGCUGCAGCCCUUCCAGAAAGAGGUCUUCAUCUGAGAGCACAUCUUCUACAGUGGUUGGGAUCCCGGCACGAAGUACAAGGCUGGGGAACGCGAUGGAAGAUCCUGUGGAUAAUCUGUUGCAGCGCAUGGCCCAGCAGGAAAACCAGGGUGCGCUGGACAAAACCCUUGAGACUGUCAUGGCAAACACACCGACUCCUCCUUCGGGGAGCCCCAGUCGGAGUCCCAGCAGGGAGAAGAGCAGCGGGCUCUUGAUCCCAGGUGACACGGACAGCACCGGCCUCUCACUCCUUUCUGAGCGCUUGUCCAGCAGCUACUCCCCUCAUCACCUCAAGAGGAGCAUGGUGGAAGCCAUGCAGUGCCAGGCGAGGAAAAUGUGCAAUUACGACAAGCUCUUGGCCACCAAGAAGAACCUGGACCACGUGAACAAAAUCCUCAAGGCCAAGAAGCUGCAGAGGCAGUCGCGGACGGGCAACAAUUUCGUGAAGCGCAGGCCAGGCAGGCCCCGGAAGUACCCGCUGCCCUCCGUCGUCUCGGCCCACGCGCUCCACGUGAGCCGGUUUGUCGGCCAGGACCUCGACAGCCGGGGCCGGGGCUGCCUGCUGCACUGCGGGCCGGACACCGUCACGGACGCCAUCGAAUCGGUGGUUCAGGGAGUGAGCGUGAAGGGCUGGAAAAGGAAGCGGUGGCUGGAAGACGAGCAGGCCAGGAAAAAGCAGAAGCCGCUCCCGGAGGAAGAGCAGGAGAGCAGUAAAAGCUUUUCUGAGGCUGCAGCAGAGACCCCUCCUCCUGCCGAGGCGGCCGCAAAGCCACGCGAGCCGGAAAGCACGGAGCAGCCGCUGCCCCCCGUCGUGUUACGCGAGAAGAAAGCUCCCCGCCCACCAAAGAAGAAGUACCAGAAGGCAGGGCUGUAUUCUGACGUGUACAAAACCACUGACCCCAAAAGCCGACUGAUCCAGUUAAAGAAGGAAAAGCUGGAAUACACCCCUGGAGAGCAUGAGUACGGCUUGCUCCCGGCCCCCAUUCAUGUGGGAAAAUACCUACGCCAAAAGCGGAUAGACUUCCAGUUGCCUUAUGACAUUCUCUGGCAGUGGAAACAUAAUCAGUUGUACAAAAAGCCAGACGUCCCACUUUACAAAAAGAUCCGUUCAAAUGUUUAUGUGGAUGUGAAACCUCUUUCUGGUUAUGAGGCCACAACUUGUAACUGUAAAAAACCUGAGGACGGGAGCAAAACUGGAUGUUUAGAUGACUGCUUGAACAGGAUGAUCUUUGCCGAGUGCUCCCCCAACACCUGCCCCUGCGGGGAGCAGUGCUGCAACCAGAGGAUCCAGCGGCACGAGUGGGUGCAGUGCCUGGAGCGCUUCCGGGCCGAGGAGAAGGGCUGGGGCAUCCGCACCAAGGAGUCCCUGAAGGCCGGCCAGUUCAUCAUCGAGUACCUGGGAGAAGUGGUCAGCGAGCAGGAGUUCCGGAACCGGAUGAUUGAGCAGUACCACAACCACAGCGAUCACUACUGCCUCAACCUCGACAGCGGGAUGGUGAUCGACAGCUACCGCAUGGGCAACGAGGCCCGUUUCAUCAACCACAGCUGCGACCCCAACUGCGAGAUGCAGAAAUGGUCUGUCAACGGGGUCUACCGGAUUGGCCUGUACGCGCUGAAGGACAUGCCGGCGGGCACCGAGCUGACCUAUGACUACAAUUUCCACUCCUUCAAUGUGGAAAAGCAGCAACUCUGCAAAUGCGGCUUUGACAAGUGCCGGGGGAUCAUUGGGGGCAAGAGCCAGCGAAUGAACGGCCUUCUGAGCAAAACCAACCAGCCAGUCGCUGCGCAGAGAAGGCCGAGCCGGUCCAAAGAGAAGAGGAAAUCCAAGCACAAGUUGAAGAAGAGGAAGGGCCACGUUCCCGAGGAGUCCGGCGAAAGCUCGAGCACCCCGACCCGUCUGACUCCGCAGCUGCAAAUGAAGCCCAUGUCCAACAGGGAACGAAAUUUUGUGCUCAAGCAUCACGUGUUCCUGGUGCGCAACUGGGAGAAGAUCCGGCAGAAGCAAGAGGAGGUCAAACAUGCCAACGACAACCUUCCUUCCGCCUCCUUAUACACCCGCUGGAAUGGGAUGUGCCGCGACGACGGCAACAUCAAAUCUGAUGUCUUCAUGACACAGUUCUCCGCCCUGCAGACCUCCCGCUCGGUGCGAACGCGGCGGUUGGCGGCAGCCGAAGAGAACAUCGAAGUGGCGCGUGCAGCCCGGCUGGCACAAAUCUUCAAGGAGAUCUCCGAUGGCAUCAUCUCAUACAAAGAUUCCUCCAGGCAAGCACUCGCGGCUCCGUUGCUGAAUCUUCCCCCAAAGAAAAAAAAUGCCGACUACUACGAGAAGAUCUCUGACCCCCUUGACCUCAUCACCAUCGAGAAGCAAAUCCUGACGGGGUAUUACAAAACGGUGGAAGCGUUCGAUGGCGACAUGCUGAAGGUCUUCCGCAACGCCGAGAAAUACUACGGCAGGAAGUCUCCCAUCGGACGGGACGUCUGCCGGCUGCGGAAGGCGUACUACAGCGCCCGCCACGAGGCCGCCGCCCAGAUCGACGAGAUCGUGGGGGAGACGGCGAGCGAGGCCGACAGCAGCGAGACCUCCAUGUGCGAGAAGGAGAGCGGGCACGAGAAGGACGAGGACGUGAUCCGCUGCAUCUGCGGCCUGUACAAGGACGAGGGGCUCAUGAUCCAGUGCGACAAGUGCAUGGUUUGGCAGCACUGUGACUGCAUGGGGCUGAACGCCGACGUCGAGCACUACUUGUGCGAGCAGUGUGACCCUCGCACGGUGGACAGGGAGGUGCCGAUGAUCCCCCGGCCUCACUACGCCCAGCCCGGCUGCGUUUAUUUCAUCUGCCUGUUACGGGACGAUCUGUUACUGCGCCAAGGGGACUGCGUGUACCUGAUGAGAGACAGCCGAAGGACCCCAGAUGGCCACCCCGUCCGGCAGUCGUACCGCCUGCUGUCCCACAUCAACCGAGAGAGACUCGACAUCUUCCGCAUCGAGAAGCUCUGGAAGAACGAGAAGGAGGAGCGCUUCGCCUUCGGCCACCACUACUUCCGUCCGCACGAAACACACCACUCCCCCUCCCGGAAGUUCUACCACAACGAACUCUUCCGGGUGCCCCUGUACGAGAUCAUCCCCCUGGAGGCCGUGGUGGGCACCUGCUGCGUGCUGGACCUCUACACCUACUGCAAAGGAAGGCCAAAGGGGGCGAAGGAACAGGACGUGUACAUCUGUGAUUACCGCCUCGACAAAUCAGCCCACCUCUUCUACAAGAUCCACCGAAAUCGGUAUCCGGUGUGCACCAAGUCCUACGCCUUCGACCACUUCCCCAAAAGGUUGACACCGAAGAGGGACUUCUCGCCUCAUUAUGUACCGGACAACUAUAAGAGGAAUGGAGGCAGGUCGUCGUGGAAGUCCGACCGUUCCAAGUCCCAGAACAAAGACCUCGGCCAGGAGGAGGACCCGCUUCCCCUCAUGGAGGACGGCGUGGCGGGGCAGGAGCGGCCCCCCGGUGAGCAGGCGCCCAGCUUGGAGGAGCCCGAGAAGGGGGAAAGCGGCGAGGUGGACAAGAAGGCGGAGGAGAGCAGCCCCGUCGCGAGGCGGCCCUGCACCCCUGAGGAACGCCGGCACAUGCAGCGCGAGCGGCUCAACCAAAUCCUCCUGACCCUCCUAGAGAAAAUCCCAGGGAAAAAUGCCAUCGAUGUCACCUACCUGCUGGAGGAAGGCUCGGGGAGGAAGCUGCGGCGGCGCACUCUGGCCCUUGUGGAGAGCAGCUUCCGGAAGUGACGCUCUGCCCCGGAGAGAGGCUGCGGCCUGGAGUUCCGCACACGAGGCUGACGGACGGAUGGACGGACGGACGGACAGGCGGGCGGUCGAGGCGUUACCACCUUCCCGCGCCUCAUGAGUGUGUGUGGGGAAGAGUCGGGGCAGGAGGAGACUGACGAAACGGUUCUGUAGCACUUAAGACGAUGGGCUGGGGGGCGGGCCGCCCCGUCCGGCUGCGCUCCGGCCAACGCGGGCGGCCUUGUUGUCACUGUUAAGGUACUAAGGAGACACCUUGUGGUUACUUGUCCGAGAUGGUCAGAUUUUAAUGUAAUUUAUUAUUUCCCCCCCUCACCCCAGUGUCCCCGUUCAGAGGAAGGAAGAAGGGGUGCGCAGUGGGGCGGAAGGAGGAGGGAGGCGCGUCCUCCCAGUACACGGUUUUCUCCUGCGACGGCAGCAUCCGGCGGCCCGAACGUGGCGGCACUUCUGGGGCGAGUGGGGAGGUUGGAAGGCAGCGCUGGGAAGGGUCCAGGCCCCGAAGGGCUGAACACGCGGAACGCUGAGGUCUUCGGUUCGCGCAAGACUGGCAGAGGGCGAGCGGCACCUCGGGCGUGGGAGGCCGGUCGGACCUGCCGCACGGAGGCGCCCCACUGGUAUGGAAGCCCUGAGAAAGCUCUUAGCUGCACAGCACUUGGUUCCGCAUCCUGCGACUCGGGGCGGGCAGGAGAGAGUGAUUUUUAAUUUUUUUGCUGCAGAGAAAAAUUUUAUAGAGCAAGUCCAGUCCUAAUGCCACCCAAUGGGUUUUCUUCUUUUCCUUUCUUGUUCCUCCUCCUGCUCCUCCUCCUCCUCCCUCUUUUCCUCCUCCUCCUCCUAAUCCUUCUCCUCCUUCUCCCUUUUUGUAAUAAGCUGUUGUUCUCGUGUGUCCAGCGUAUUGUGGAAAUUUAAAAAAAAACAAAAAAAUACCCCUGUCCAAACAGCAAAGACGAAAAAAUAACCUUUCACUACAUGAACCGUUGAGCAGUAUUUCUGAGCGAGUAUUCGUUGUGAAACUGUAGACUAUUAUCCACUGAUAACACUACUCUUGUGUGUUAAUAUUUUUUUUUAGGAAGAAAAAAAAAAACCUGUACAGCUUAAAAGCGUCCGUCUCUUAAAGAGACAGUGUAUUUUAUGCUCCCGUCUCUCUUUGCCCUUGAUCCAGGCAGGGGGUGGAAAACAGAAAGUGUUAACUCACUGGCGGCAGUGAAGGAGCACCUUCCUUGCUCGGUGCGAUACGGUGUUCGGCUGCUGGGGGUCCUGGGGUCAUCGGUAGUGCCCGGGGGGCCAAGGCGUCCCUCCGCGAGAACCUGCCACAGUCACCUGCAGCCCACAGGCCGCGAUUCGGCCCAGAGAGCCGGCAGUUAAGCAUACACUGGCCCUUUAAUGUGGCUUUGCUCUCUGUCUCUCUUUGGCGUUCAUAUGCAUAUUAUUGGUCCUGUUUUAGGUGUCCUUAUAAAAGAAUCCCGUUUUUAAAUGUGCCAAGUUGUAUAUAUCUUAACCUUUCUUUUGCUGCGUGGUUGUCAAGCAAUAUUGGUAGCUCUCUCUCUCCAUGUUCCUUCCCGUCGGACCAAGCUUGUCCCAACUGUACAUUCUUGUUAACAAUAUAAUUCUUACUUUAAUCUUAGUUUGGAACAACAACAAAAAGGCUUCAUUCCAUUCAAAUGUUACCUGAUGAUUUAAAAAGUUGGAGGGGGUAGGGAAAGAGAGGGGUUGGGGUUGGGUUGGGGGGCGGGAAAGGAGAAAACGCCCUUUGAGGAAAAAUAUUUUAUUAAAAAAAGACAUAAGAAAAUAGUUUGGAAUAUUUUCUUACUGUAGAGAGAGGCAUUGUACAGAACCAUGAGUAUAAAAUACUCAUGUGUUGUAGGAAAAAGGUGGGUGGGGGAAUUGCAUGUUUGAAAAUCUUUAAGUCGCUCCAUUUAGUUCAAAACGGGGGGGAAAUUGCCGUCUCAAAAUGGUGUUAAACACUAAAAGAAAGAGAGAAAGAGAGAGAGAGAGAGGAAGAAAAGUCCUUUUUAAAGAAAAAAAUAAUAAUGAAAAGCGUGCCCAGAAGUGAGACAUUUAGCUCUGCCAUUUUAUCUUUCUUUUGUUGAAAGACUAAAAACAAUGUUUUUUAGACAAUCAAAUUCUAGGUAAGUGCGAAGAAUUUGUGUUGGGUUUGUUUUGUUUUUGUUUUUUAAGUUUUUGGUUUUGUUUUCUUACUGGUGUAGAAAAUUACUGACUUUUUUAAAAAAAAAAUCAGGGGGUUGGGGGGUGUUAUUUUGUAUUAACUUGAGGAGACUGGCAGCGUUUUACCUGAUCGCUGAUGGAAGCCCAGGAAAAGAAGAAAAAGCACUACAUUUGUUGCAAAUAUAGAUACGAACUCUUUUUAGUCUGCAUGGGGAUAGGCCGUGUGGUUGCUGAGAAGAAAUGCUGCUAAUAUAUUUCCUUUUUACAAGAGCAUAUCUAAAUAGACCAUUGUUUUGAUGUUAAUCUUUGUAAAUUAUGUAUUACCAAUUUUAACAUUGGAUGUAAUUGCAUAAAAGGCCUGCAUCUCAAAUACUGAGAGAUUCUAGUAUUAAAUGGAAAAAAAAACAUGUUUCAUA